AUGUCUACUCUGGGUGUUUCGUUGGAGGAGCUGCCCAAAUCAUGGCGUUUCACUGAGGCUCUUCCCCCGGAUCCUCAGUUCCCGACUCCUGCUGAUUCGCACAAGACGCCCAGAGAUAAGAUCGGACCCAGACAAGUUCGCGGCGCCCUGUUUUCGUGGGUGCGCCCCGAGGAGCAGAAGGACCCAGAGCUUCUUGCAGUCAGCCCUGCUGCGCUGCGCGAUCUGGGACUCAAAGCUGAUGAGGCAAGUUCGGAGGAAUUCAAGCAGCUGGUGGCGGGGAACCGGCUCUAUGGAUGGGACUAUGAGAAGCUGCAAGGAGGCUAUCCUUGGUCUCAGUGCUAUGGAGGCUUUCAGUUUGGGCAGUGGGCUGGACAGCUGGGAGACGGGAGAGUUAUUUCGUUGUUCGAGGCCACAAACCCUACCACGAAACAAAGAUUCGAGUUGCAGCUCAAGGGUGCUGGAAUGACACCUUACUCUCGCUUUGCGGAUGGCAAAGCUGUCUUAAGAUCCAGUAUCCGAGAAUUUGUUGUCUCAGAAGCCCUCAACGCACUCAAGAUCCCGACUACCAGAGCGCUUUCUCUCACAUUAUUGCCGCAUUCGAAGGUUGCCCGGGAGAGGAUCGAGCCUGGAGCGAUUGUGCUACGCUAUGCUCCUUCGUGGUUACGGCUGGGAAGCUUCGAUCUCCUUCGAGCCCGGGGUGAUCGUGCACUGAUUCGAAAGCUAUCGACUUACAUCGCAGAGGAUGUUUUCGGCGGUUGGGAAGCUUUGCCUGGCCGGUUGGACGACCCCGACAACCCCACGGAAUCACCACCACCGACGAGAGGAGUACCGGCGUCUGAGAAUCAAGGCCUCAAUGAUGGAACCGAGAAUAGAUUCACCAGGCUUUACAGAGAAAUUGUAAGACGGAAUGCCGUGACGGUCGCCAACUGGCAAGCCUAUGGCUUUAUGAAUGGAGUACUGAACACCGACAAUACUUCUGUGUAUGGACUGUCCAUUGACUACGGUCCAUUUGCAUUUAUGGACAAUUUCGAUCCUGCAUACACUCCUAACCAUGACGACUAUAAUCUCCGGUACAGUUACAAGAACCAGCCUACCAUCAUCUGGUGGAACCUGGUCAGACUUGGUGAAGCUUUAGGCGAGCUCCUCGGGGCUGGAUCUCUCGUCGACGACCCGACUUUCGAGGCGGAGGGUGUCAAGGAGGACCAGGAGAAGGAAAUAGUUGCCCGCGCAGAAAAGCUUAUUACACAAGCUGGCGAAGAGUUCAAAUCCGUCUUCCUAGCCGAGUAUAAGAGGCUAAUGUCAGCUCGGCUUGGACUUCGCCAACACAAAGAAUCGGACUUUGAUAAUUUGUUCAGCGAGGCCCUCGAUACUAUGGAGGCCCUGGAACUGGACUUCACUCAUUUCUUCCGCCGCUUGAGCAAUAUCAGACUUGAUGAGAUUGCGACCCCAGACGCCAGGAAGGCAAAGGCCUCGGUAUUUUUCCACAGCGAAGGCCCACCCAAGCUUGUGGAUGAAACCGAGGCCCGGGAGAAGAUAGCCGCUUGGCUGGAUUCGUGGAGAAGUCGUAUUAUUGAGGAUUGGGUAACAGACGGUGCUGAUGCGGAAGCCCAAGAUGCCAAGAGAAUCGAGGCGAUGAGGCAGGUCAAUCCCAACUUUAUCCCUCGUGGAUGGAUUCUGGACGAAUUGAUUCGACGGGUUGAGAAAGAUGGGGAGAGAGAUGUGCUCAAUCGUAUCAUGCACAUGGCGUUGCAUCCAUUCGAGGAUAAGUGGGAUGGAGAGUCAUUCGACGGAACGCAAUGGAAGGGCGAUUUGGAAGAGGAAAAGAGAUGGACGGGUGAUGUGCCCAGAUUUGAGCGAGCGAUGCAGUGUAGCUGUAGCUCCUAG